UAAUUCAAACUUCAAACUCCUCUCUGUCUCUCUCUAGGUCUCACUCUCUUCUAUGCCACUUUCUCUUUCUAGCUUAUACAGCUUCUGGGCUAUAUUUAUGUUUUUUUUUACCGCCUAGCCUUUGUGUUUCAAAAAAAGCUGUCAAUUUAUUACACUAUUUCCCAGUCCCACUACUAUUUUCCUUCUAGCAACCCCAUAAACACAGUCUCCCCACCACUCCUAGGCAACUUGGUUAUCCUUGGCUGCUGAGUAGUUUCAUUCAUCUUUACUUGUGAUUUCAAUGCAGCAACUCUGAAUCUCUGAUGAUACCGCUGCAUUUUUAAGAUCAAUUUAGCCACUGUGAUGUUACUGUGGUGCUGUUUGCAUUAAAAGAUUACACGCUUCUGAGUCAUUGAUUCUACUCUCGUUCAAUAUCAGUAUAACCAAAUGCCGAGAUCAAGGGGGUCGGAAGUGAGUCAAAGGUCAUCUGCUCGAGUCCCACCGCAUCUCAGGACUUCAAGUUCUGAUUCAGAUCCUCUGCAUCACCGGCCAAUUACUGACCGGAGUCCAAAGCUAUUGGACCGUCGUUCCCCAAGAGGCACACAAUCUGAACCUGUAACUCAGAAGAAAUUUGGCACACGCAUUGCUGAUUUAGAAUCACAACUUGGGCAGGCACAAGAAGAACUAAAGAAUCUCAAAGAGCAGCUGGCGUCUGCUGAGGCUGCAAAGAAAGAAGCCCAAGAACAGUUGGAGAAAAAAAUUGAGAAACCAAUAGUUCCAGAGGAGGAGAUCCUAGAGAAGCAUCCCCCAAAGGGGACACAAAAAUUGAAUGAAAGAGAUAGCAGUCCCUCGGAUGAAGUUGUGGAUGAUAACCAGCAGGAAACUGAUGUUUUUGAGGUUCCAGUGGAGAAAAUGACAGUUGAACCCAAAGUUGAAACUAGCCAACUCACUGAAGAGGUUCAGAAAGGCAGCAAACUAGUUGACAUUUCUACUGAACCUCCACCUGCAUUGGAGCUAGAAAAGUCAACCCUGAAAGAGUUGGCUCUAAAGGAUGAUGAGAUAAAUCUGCUGAGAGCCAAAUUAGAAGAGAAGGAAAAGGAAGUGAAUGUUUUUGGUCAAGAAAAUGAAAACCUGAAGAACCAGCUGGAGGAAGCUACUUCAAAGAUCUCAUCUGCUCAAACCAAGGAAGAGGAAAUGACCCUGAGGUUGAGUCAACUUGGAGAAGACCUGGAAACAAGUAAAUUGAGUGCAGCUCAACUGAAUGAGCAGCUGAAAUCCGUGGAAGCAGCCAAGGAGGAACUGGAGACUGAGAUGAAGAAGAUAAGAGUGCAGACAGAGCAGUGGAAAAAAGCAGCAGAUGCUGCAGCAGCUGUUCUCGCCGGCGGCAUGGACAUGAAUGGGAGGAUCUCUGAGAGGUGUGGCUCCAUGGACAAGCACUUCGGUGGUAGCUUUGAGACACAAGCUGGUGGCUUUGGAGGUUUCAUGGGGUCGCCUGAUUUGGAUGAUGGUUUCAGCAGUGGAAAACGAAAGGGUUCUGGGAUAAAAAUGUUCGGAGAUUUGUGGAGGAAGAAAGGCCAGAAAUAGCGAUGAUCAUCCAUGUUUCCGAUAAUAAUGAAUCAGUUUCUUACUGUUUCAUGUUAUAUUAGUAGGCAUUUGUAUUAAUUCUGUCAGUUAUAUCAAGUUCUUGGCUCCUCCUUCUAGGCUUGUAUUAUCGUUUAUUCAGCUCUUAUGCGGUACAAUGGUACUUGGAAGUUAAAUUUAUGGUAAGGUGAGGAAUCCCUUAUUUGAAAGAAGGGACAUUUUGGUGCACCCUUGCCUACAUACGGUUCUGGUCUAUGAUCAUCAUUGUAGUUUUCUACACAAUGUUAAGUUGGAGCUUUAGUAUCAGUUCUCGCA